GCAUCGUUAGUACGGCCGUAAUCCGAUUUCAAUUCCGACAGCAGCACCAGCAGUUCGCCUCGGCGCAUAAUGCCCUGCCGACUUCGCUGGUGCCGCUGGCUGGCAGUGGGUGGUUAAACGCAGCGCUCGGCGUUCGGGUCGGUUGGGUUAGAAUACACGGUGCUCUCAAUCUGCUGCUGGAGUUGAUCGCGUUGUUUCUGUUUUCUCGUAAGUCACUGCGUCGUGCGCCAGCCAGCCGCCAAGAAACAAUCGAGCAUCGCGACGAAAACAAAACACGGUUGUCAACGAUGUGCGUGCAAAGGUCUUCACCACUCACUUAUCGGACUCGCACGCAGGCCUAGGACCAGCAGGGCCUGACACAAUGUGGGAGAUUCACUGGAAGCCAGGAAUGUAAGCGCACGCGGCAGCAUGCAGGCGAAGAAGCGUUACUUGCUGCUCAUGUGCUGCGCCUUCCUGGUGUUCAUGUACUUUGGCGGCUAUCGCUUGAAAGCCAUCGACGAAGAACACGACCAGGAGCUGCUCACACUACCAGCAUACAACACGAAAGCUUCUAUUCGUACAGGAGGUGCACCACGACGCCGUGAACGAGCUCCACUCAGCCCCGCGCGUGACUGCCGCAUGGAAACAUGCUUCGACUUCAAGCGUUGCCGGCACGAUUUCAAGGUGCACGUCUAUCCGUCCGAAGCCAACCUGGAGCCCAGCCAGUCGUACCAGAAACUGCUCAAUGUCCUCCGCGAGUCCAAGUAUUACACAGCAUCCACAGACGAUGCCUGCUUAUUUGUACUGGGCUUGGAUACAUUGGACAGAGACAAUUUGAGCGCUGAUUAUGUGCGCAACCUGCAGUCACGUAUAAACCGGCUACCCACCUGGAACAACGGCCUGAAUCAUGUUAUUUUCAACUUGUAUUCAGGCACAUGGCCGAAUUACACUGAAGUAGGGCUUGAUUUUGACUAUGGGCAGGCGAUUCUGGCCAAAGCAAGCAUGUCAGAGGAACAUUUCAGGCAUGGGUUCGAUGUGAGCAUUCCUUUAUUUCAUAAGACACAUCCUGAGAAAGGUGGCGCGCCUGGUUUUGUCGUGAGUAACAACUUCCCACUGAAUAAAAACUAUCUCCUCGGCUUCAAAGGCAAGAGAUAUGUGCAUGGCAUUGGUUCUGAGACGCGAAACUCCCUGUAUCAUCUACACAACGAGCAGGAUGUGAUCCUGGUGACGACCUGCAAGCAUGGAAAAAGCUGGAAGGAUAUGAAGGACGAGCGCUGCGAUGAAGAUAACAAGGAAUACGAUCGGUACGAUUACGAGGUGCUGCUGCAGAACUCAACGUUCUGUUUGGUGCCGCGUGGGCGACGCUUGGGCUCGUUUCGGUUCCUCGAGGUGCUGCAGGCCGGAUGUAUUCCGGUGUUGCUGUCCAACGGAUGGGCGCUGCCCUUUUCGCAGGUGAUCGAUUGGAGCAAGGCGGUCGUGUGGGCCGACGAGCGAUUAUUGCUUCAGGUGCCCAAUACGGUGCGCUCGAUCUCGCAGACGAAGAUAUUGGAAAUGCGUCAACAGUCGCAGAUUUUAUGGGAGCGGUAUUUUUCGUCGAUCGAGAAGAUUGUCUUUACCACUUUGGAGAUCAUCCGUGAACGCUUACCGCAGCAACCGAUGCGCGAAGGUUUGGUGUGGAAUAACGCACCCGGUGCACUUGCCACACUGCCCACAUACUCCGACACAUCGCUCGAAUUUCCUUUCGGCGACGAAUCGAGCCACGAUCGUUUCACCGCCGUCGUCUACUGCCAGCUAUCGUCGCCUGUUACACCAUCAUCACCAAUCUACAGACUUAUCAAUAACAUUUCCAGGAGUAAAUUUCUAACAAAAAUUUUAAUUGUGUGGGCAAACGAACAUCCUUCUCUGAAAAACCGCUGGCCGCCAUUACCACCCGACGUGACCCUCCACGUUCUACCCAUGACCGAACCCACAAAAACCAGCAUAUCACAGCGUUUCUUCCCGCAUGCGCUCAUUCAAACUGCCGGCGUGCUUUCCCUGGAUGAAGACUCGGUUCUCACCACAGACGAAGUCAACUUUGCAUUUCAGGUAUGGAGACAAUUUCCGGACCGCAUCGUUGGUUACCCUGCGCGCUCGCAUUACUGGGAUGAUGCCAAAGCCUCCUGGGGCUAUACAUCGAAGUGGACGAACGAUUAUUCAAUCGUGCUCACAGGCGCUGCAUUCUAUCAUCGCUACUACAACGUGUUGUACACCGAGUGGCUCAGUCCGCUGUUGCAUAAGACAGUUGAGCAGAGUCAAAACUGCGAGGACAUCUUGAUGAACUUCCUGGUCAGCCAUGUAACACGCCGUCCGCCAAUCAAAGUUACACAACGCAAGCAGUACAAGGAGCAACCAGCGGCGGGCGGCUGGUCACCAUGGAAUGAUCCGGACCACUUCAUUCAGCGGCAGACGUGUCUCAAUACCUUUGCUGCGGUUUUCGGCUACAUGCCACUGGUGCGCAGCAAUUUGCGACUAGAUCCGGUGCUUUUCAAAGACCCAGUUUCGAAUUUGCGUAAGAAAUACCGGCAAAUUGAGCUAGUCGGCAGCUAACUGAACAACAAAUAAUAGUCAAUACUAAAGACAUUUUGCUUUUAUAUAAAGAAUACUAAAUCUAGUGUAGUGAUACAUAUCACAUGCGUGGGGCGUCGGACACUUCCGCAGCGAAGUUGUAGUGAUAUUAGCAUUUGUAAAUAUUUUAUACCUAAGACCGCCCAGACAUUGUCGUGUUGUUUUCGAUUUCGAAUCUUCCACUCGGCCCUUUUAUUUGUUUGAUAACAGUCAAUAUCACUACGAUGUUAAGAACUAUAACAUAGUCAAUCCCAAUCUAGGUUUAAGUCAUUAUUGGAUGCAUGCAUGUCAUUCGAGAAAUCAUCAAGAUAUCACUGGCAGGUUUGGGAGGGAAAGUCAACGUAAUUAGUUCCUUGCGCCGGCGUUAAAUCUACAAUGAUGACAUACUGUAAGCAACACCAGUACUUAAACUCUGGCCAACUGCGUGCCAUAUAUUUUGUUAUUUAUUCGCACACAUUACUAACUUCUGCAUAAGUGAAAAAUGACAAGUGGUGUAGUCUCUAUUAACGAAUUGUUUCUCACACAUGGCAGCAUUAUUUAAAAUUGUGAUUUGAUUUCGUGCUGAUGCUGACCAACACGAUUACUACGCAUUUAGCACUCGAUUUGCGCACUUAGAAUAGAGAGAGAAAGGAAAAACACAUUCCGAAACUAAUGAUGAGCUUAAUAUUUAUUGCGAUACGUCCACGAAUCGACUUGAUUUCAUUUUUGUGCCAGGUUUUUAACACUUAUUUAUUCAAUUCACGUUUGACGCACGACGAAACGGCAAACGAAGCGAAACUAAUUAAUUGUUACUCAUAUUAAUAUUAUAUAUGAAAGUAAAUAUAUAAAGUGGUAGUAUAAAAACGUGCUGGCUACUGAGCUUCCGCAUUUGGGUGAAGUUUGCCAGCGCAGCGGAAACAAGACGCAAAAGGAUGUAAAUAUACAGGAUUAUAUUAUAAAGUAUAUAUUUAUAAACUAUCAGUGGAAAUGCAGCAAUAUGGUAUACACAAUUUAGUCAAACACGUUUUGUACACUUGCGCAAACAAUAAUUAUUAUCAUACUUUACAACAUGCCACAGAUAUUCUUUUUAUGGCGACACGUUCUCUAUUCUCUACAUCAUUGUUAUCUUAGUUUUGUUAUGUUACUCUCUUUUUGCAAACUCUUUCGUCUGUUUAUAGUAAUAUAUAUUUUUCAUAUCGUAGUUUAUUGUGACAUGUGUAAAACGGAUGAUAACAGAAAAUGAUAUGAUGAUAAUUGUAUGUUUUAUACAAAUUUGUAUGCGAUUUCAUAUACAAAACUUAUCAGUUCAAACAAAUAUUAUAUGAGAAGAGAAUUGUAUGAA